CAAAGACCGAUUUCAUCCGGCUCUUCCUCCGACGUAUACAUCGCAUCUCAGCCGGCACUUAAGCUCCUAUAGGGCGCAAGGUGCGAUGGAUACUUUCCCCCACCCUAGCAGGCCGUUCCGCAGAGACUCCACAAUGCUUCACGGGAGUCAUCGCCGUAUGGUAUCGGCAUCCCAAACUCUUCCGGAUCGAUGAAUUUGUAAGACAUACGGGGAUUGUUACACCGUUUCCUCGCACUGCUGUGCCUCGCAAUCCUCCGCCCCGAACGGCAAUACCUGGAAGAACCGAUCCUCCCGCGAUGCUCAGCGCGCGUCAGGUCAGAAACCGUCACGCUCUUUCGCAUUUUCGGCCUUUUUCUGGGAUUUGUCGAUAAGCUUCCACACUAGCCUAGUCUAGCUGAGAGGCAGAAGCUUCGCGGGUGGCCUCUCGUGGAGCUGAUCUUCUCGCAUUUUAUGCCGACCAUGAUUGGAGGUAGAUAUAAGGUCCACGGCCUCCCCCCAAAUUUACAGCGAUGCAUCGAUUCUGUGAGCAUGAACCUACCGAACGGUACGAAGGAGCUCCUCGAAAAAGUCCACCGCCUCGGCCAAGAGCACCGCCACGACGACGAUGCCUCGCGCAGGAACCUCCUCCGUGAAGUCAACAAGCUCUCUCUCGCGCUCGAAACACCAGCCGAAGCCGUUCUUCGCAUAGCAUGGGUGCAAAACGCUACUCAAGCAACCGUCCGAGUCGCGACGGAUCUCAACAUCUUCCACCAUCUUUCCGGUGGACCAAAAGGCAGUGCAGACCUGGCCGCCCUGACUGGUGCAGAACAAACGCUCAUUAUCCGAAUCAUGAACCAGUUGACCGCCGUAGGCGUCGUAGCCCAAAUUUCGUCGGAUAUUUUCGCCACAACGUCGCUCUCGCAGGCCCUGACUAAGUCUUCAUUCAGCGCAGCGGUGCCCUGCCUGUAUUUCCUCAUCUCCGAGCAUUGCCAUGCGACUCGCUAAUGGUGCCUCAGUGCAGCAGCCCAGGGCCCUGCUCUCCGUGCUACACCCGACUUCUUGAGAAAGCAUGGCUACACGGACCCGGUCGAUACCAAUAACUGCCUUUUCCAGGCUGGUGUAGAUACGGACCUACAGUUUCUUCAAUAUCUUACCGCAAAUCCGAAUGUGGGCGACAUUGGACCGAAUUCUACCCGGUGGCGAGGCUUGCGGAGGGGCUGAAUAGGGACAAGAAUGUGACAUUGCUGGUUGAUGUAUGAGGCGGACUCUCAAGGUGCAGAAAACGUCGGAUAUAAGCGAAAAGGUCUCAACGCCGUAUAUUUCUACAUAUAUACCAUCCCUCCCUGCAUGGCGAGACGCUCCUCGUGCUAAGGUAUAUAAGAGGUACUUUAACUUCAACUUACGUUCUAU